GGCUGCAGAGCCCGGGGGGUGAGGGGAGGUUUUGGGGCGGGGGGCUGCGGGUGAGGGCUUGGGGAAGCGUGCCGAGGGGGCUCCCCGGGCAGGCAUGGUGGGCUACGACCCCGAAGCCAAGUGCGUCUCCACGGUGGAAGCGGCCGCAGCCGGAUCAGCCUCCGGCUUCGUCACCCGCGUCCUGGUCAGUCCCUUGGAUGUCAUCAAGAUCCGCUUCCAGCUUCAGAUUGAGCAGCUCUCCUCCAGAACCCCAGGGGCUAAGUACCAUGGCAUCUUGCAAGCUGUACAGCGCAUCUUCCAGGAGGAGGGGUUGGGAGCCUUCUGGAAGGGCCACGUUCCUGCCCAGUUCCUUUCAGUUGGCUACGGAGCUGUUCAGUUCAUGGCAUUUGAAAGCUUGACCAAACUGGUGCACAACGUCACCUCAUACAAUGCCCGCGAUUCCUCUGUGCACUUCAUCUGCGGUGGACUGGCUGCUUGCACGGCCACUGUUGCAGUUCAGCCCGUUGACACGCUACGCACCCGCUUUGCUGCUCAGGGUGAGCCAAAGGUCUAUCACAACCUUCGCCAUGCGGUGGUGACCAUGUACCAGACAGAAGGGCCUCGGACAUUCUAUAGAGGUUUGACCCCCACAAUCAUUGCUAUCUUCCCAUAUGCUGGCCUCCAGUUCUCCUUCUACAACACCCUGAAACAACUUUCUGAAUGGAUGAUUCCAGCAGAAGGGAAGGAAGGAGGCAAUGUUAAAAACCUCGUUUGUGGCAGCUGUGCUGGAAUCAUCAGCAAAACCCUCACUUACCCUCUUGACCUGAUCAAAAAACGACUGCAAGUGGGGGGCUUUGAGCGUGCCCGAGCAGCCUUCGGACAGGUGCGGAUGUACAGGGGUCUGCUGGACUGCCUAAGGCAGGUCAUGCGAGAGGAGGGCCUGGGUGGAUUUUUUAAGGGCCUUUCGCCCAGCUUGCUUAAGGCUGCUGUCUCUACUGGCCUCGUCUUCUUUUCCUAUGAGCUGUUCUGCAGCCUGUUGUGUGCCCUGAAGAACACUGACAGCACCAAGAGGAAGGAAAGCUGAAAGGGGCAUGUGUUUGCCUACCUGGUGUACUCCUGGAGGAGGGAAACCGAAGGCUUUGCUCUGUCUUUAUCAUGUCGGAAAUGUCAGAGCUCCCAGAGUUCCACCAGCCUGGAGGAAACGACAUCCUGGGACCAAGCAGGAAGAGAAGGUGACUACAGUUCUGCUGACGACACUGAAAUGCUCUGCUGGAAGCUGUUAAACAGAGCACGUCUUUGUUCUGUCUCCUCUAAUAUCAGCGCACAUUUAGUGAGGGGAAGAACCAAGCAUCCAACUUAGCAGAGCCUGGGCUCUGCAAGACACCCAGGAGAGUGGGUGAAUUCCUGUGCUUGCACAGGAGGGGUCUCUGAUCACAGACAGGGAUCCUGGCUAGCUGCUGCUGCUUAACUGACGUAAUGCCACUUCUUAGCACUAAAUCUGCCCAGCUUUAUUUCCUUGCUUAUGGUCUGCUGUUGGCAGCGUAUUCUUUUCUCUGUGUUGCACAGGUAGCUCUGUACCACUGUUGUGAAGUCAGCUAAAUCCUCUUAAGUGUGCACAGACCCUUGGUUUUCCUUUUCUUUGCUGCGAUUUUUUUUCUUGAUUGCCACUCACUGGCUGGACGUUCUCAGCCACUUUAAACACAGGAUCUUAGUGGAUCCUGCUGACUUCAACUCACUCUGGUGAGCUUGACUGCAUCUUAAGUGCCAAUUUCUCUUCCUGUGUGUCUUGCCAUGCAUCUCUUAAGGUUUUGCAUUGUUUUGGUCACGCUUUUUCCAAGUAGACCCUGAAGAGCCCCGCUUUAUGGGGUUUCAACGCACAAGCCCAAGUCUUACUACAGGGCGCUUUGCUUCCCUGUGAGUGAGUAAACAAAUGCUGUGUAGAGUUUUAGAAAUAUUUAAUCUACAUUGGAAUGCUGAAGGAAAGUCCUGUGGAAAGUACUGAAGUCUGUUUUAAAAAAUACCACCUGUGAAUGUUUCUAGACAGUAUCUCUGUAUUGGUCUCAAAACAUUUCUGAACCUCAGUCCUACAGUGGUGCUAGCAAAUGGAAAUGUUUUGACGGGAAUAGCUGAAGUGACAGAACCGAACAUCAAAUUGGAAUUGUUCGACUGGUGUUUAACGAGAAAAGGACGUUAUUAUAGCUGGAGAAGUGUUUUUCUUUGAGUUUCAGAGAUUUUACAGAUGGUUUUUUAAAAAAAACACUCUGAAUUAUGUAAAAGGGAAGAGAGGAAAAUGACUUUCUUCCUCCUCUUUUAUUCUGUUUUUUUUUCAAGCUGAGCAGGGCGUAGCUGGACCAGUGUAUGGAAGGCAGGCCUCCGAGGAAGAGCCAGUGUGAUACAAAAGCAUGUUAGUCAUCUGGUGAACGGUAAAAAGGGCAGAGUGCUGCAGUUAUUUUGAGGAUGGUUUGAUGGUUCUUCUCUUGAUGCAGUUCUCUGUGGCUUUCUUUCAAUAUUCAGGGUGUUAAUCCCAAAUGGUCUGGCCAAAUUCCAACGUGACCAAUUCCAUUCUGUUGACGCAACUUCUGCUGGCAAUUUGGAUUGCGUAUCAGUGUUACUCACUUAUCCUGAACUAUUGUGAGAGGCUGUUUUUAAAGAGCAGCUGUUUCACUCGUGGGUGAGAUAUCCAGCGAGAUUCCUUGCAAGCCCAGGGCAAAUAAGCAAAAUAACUUUGUGUCUGCUGUGGUUUGAGAUCUUUGAGUGCACAGUGGCUGUUUCACUGCAGAUGACUUUGAGAACUAUAUAAAAUUGGAUUGACUGAGCAGUGUCAGGUAGGAGUCUGAUAUGUGAACCUCUCAGAGUGUUAGAUGCAUGCACUGAAAAAGGGGGCAGUUUUUCUCAAUGUUCCUCGCUUUUCUCCUUUAAGCAAAGUUUUGUCAAAGUGCCUCGAUUCCAUUUUUCUGUUACCUAGGUUCUUCUGAGAGCUCCCCAAAACUUUCUUAGAAACGUUCUGCCUUUGUUUACUGUUUAUCCAUUGUUCUUGGAAGACAUCAUAGCCUGUAAUGACUUGGAAUGCAUCGUAACCAGUGCAGAACUUAGCCUCCUGAUGUCCUUCUGAGGCGGAGAAAUAACUCAUUUCAAAACAGGCACGAACAGGUUGGGAUUGUUACUGCCUUUUGGCUGCGGGUAGAGAGGAAUGCUGUCAUGGUUAGCAGGGGUAGGACUGGCUACAGCAGAAGUUUUUCCAUGCUGACCUAGACCUCCAUACCCCUGUAGGAAACGUGGAGCCAUCCAUCCUGUUUAACAUCACAGGACUCUUGUUUUCCAUUUUAUGUGAAGGAGCUGCUGUUCAUCUGCACACAAUAGAGGGAAGCUGGUUAGGAACUCAGCGGUGGGAAAUGGAAGCUCGGGAACAGAGGAUGAUUUUCUUUGUUUCUCACAGGGGUCAAAGAAUAAAGAGCACAAAACUGUGCUGUUGGGGUGAUGUCCCCAGAGUGUGCUGCGAGGUGGCGCAGGCAAACAGCUUUAGGGUGCGUGCAACCUCAUUGCUCCACAGAGAAGGCAGCAAUGGAGAGUACAGAGCAGCUCCUCUCUGGGGUAAUUUUUUCUCCACCCUGCAUUAAAUGAGCUUGCCUCCAACAGAUGGCAAAGUCGAAGUUGAAGUUGUAUGAGUCUGGUGUGGACUCCAGAAGAGGCACUCCACGGGCAGAGGGCCUUGGCACACAGCCUGGUUUAUAAAUCCCUUUGGGCUGCUGGGCAUGAAUGGUAUAGGCGCGUAAAGGCAGCUGCUCUUUUAGUGAGGGGAGCAGAAGGAGGUGACGACCCUAACGAUAGAACAUGAGAAGCUGCAUCUCAGUCACUUUGUCUCUUGCCUUUGGUCAGCAGCAUCUGUCCCUGCGAAAUUUCUGACGUGCACUUGGCUGCUGGGGAAAGGACUGCCAGGAACAUGGCUUCCUCUUAGGGGUGAGACUGGUUUCAUGCAAAGAGCUAGGGGACAGGUCUUGCUGCUGCUGCUGCUCCAGCUAAACCCGCUCACGCCACUUGAAUCUAAAUUCCCUAGAAUUAGAGGGGCAGGAGACAGGAGAGAGCUGUAGUCCCCUUGUUCUUCCACAUGCUGGAACAGAAUUUUUCUUAGAAACUGCACACUGGAUCAGCCCACUUGAAGCGAAUCCACACAGCGGGUGACGGGCUGUGAGGCCGUGCCAGAGCUCAGCUGCUGGCAUGGCUGGGGGCUCACUGAGGCAAUGCUGUCAGUGGGGACCUGCGUUGCCUGAAAUUCCCCUCUCAAGCCGCUCAGCAAUUUGUUUCCUUCUAGUGCCUUUUCUCAUCAGAAUGUCCAAAAGCACUUUGGCAGGUAAACGUUAGACACAAGUCACGCGGUGGCUGUGGGAUCCACCGCAGCUCUUAGCCUGCCUCGGUCAGGACCUUUACGCACAAACUCCGUGAUGAAUGCACUGCUUCCUCUAGCACUGAGCGGCUCUUUGAGGUCCUCGGACAGUCGUGUUCUCAGGACGCUCAUGCGGAGCUGCGUAGCAUCAUUUAUAAAAUGAGAUGAAUGUUUUACAGUCGGUCCUGGAAUGGACUGUUUGUAAUUUGGGUUUAAGUUUCUAUUGUGGUGCAGACCUGUAAUUCUCGGCGGCCUUUUGCUGUGUUGUCCGGGUGGAUCUUUCGCAGCUGCUGUAGUCUGAAAGCAUCUGAGCACAAAGUGCACAAAGUGUGUGGCUACCUUUAGAAAGACAACAUUAAAUAUUUUGUUAUGCUCA